GGACUCUCACAAUAUCUCACCGGCUCUCAAUCACUUCGUGCCCUAGCUGAUUUUACCCUCUCUCUUCAGCUAAUACAUUUCGCGCUUCAAUUCAACGCCAUAAACUAAUUGACAGUGCUUCCUCGUAGUUAAAUUGAAAAUCAAAAGAAUUUCGGGGGAAAAAACCAAAUCAGAGAGCUCCACCAGUGGUGGCACUGCGGCCAUCUCUGCCGCCGGUGAACAAAUUGGCGAGGCCUCGCUGCCACCGAAAGCUGCUUCUGGGGUUCGAGUCCGCAUUAUUGCAGAGCUCAAGACUUUUGUUUGGUGAUCAACCGCUGCCACUGAAAAUCUUCUACCGCAGAUGUUGCAAUGGCGAAGGCUAAAAAGGCAAAGAACGAAGAGCAGAGAGGUGGAGAUAAUAGUAAUUCAGAGGCAGUUGUCAAGCAUCAGAAGCUCUGUCUCUCCAUUGACAUGGACAACCAACGAGUCUAUGGGUAUACAGAACUGCAGAUAGUUAUACCAGACAAUGGAAUUGUGGGUUUGCAUGCUGAUAAUUUAGCAAUUGAGAAGGUUACAGUUGAUGGGGAACCAGCAGAAUUUGAAGUCUUCCCUCAUUAUCAGCAUCUGGACCCAAAGGAUAGAUGGUGUGUUGUCUCCUCAGCCACGUCUGCUGCUGAUGCUUCUGGAUCCGUGUAUUUGUCAUCUCUCGAGAUUGAAUUACUUCCAAAUCUGUUGAUAAUGUGCAGUAAGAGCUCUAAAACUGACAAGAAGCAAGAAGAGAAUCAGCAGAUUGACAAUGGGGAACCAUUAUCUGCUGUUGCUAGCAGGUGGGUGCAGAAUGUGAAAAGCGUACGUAUUGAAUAUUGGGUAGAUAAGGCAGAGACAGGAAUUCAUUUUAACGAUAAUGUCUUGCAUACGGAUAACCAAUUGAGGCGCGCACGGUGCUGGUUUCCUUGUAUGGAUGACAGUUUGCAAUGUUGCUGCUAUGACUUGGAAUUUACCGUGGCCAGUAACCUUGUGGCAGUUAGCUCUGGAACCUUACUUCAUCAGGUUUUGACGAACGAUGAUCCACCACGGAAGACAUAUGUUUAUAAAUUAGAUGUUCCUGUUGCUGCUCAGUGCAUAUCUCUGGCAGUUGCGUCAUUUGAAAUUCUGCCUGAUCGUCAUGGUGGCCUUGUAUCACACUUUUGUCUACCUGCCAACUUGUCAAAGCUGCGGAACACAGUGGUAUUUUUCUACAAUGCUUUCAGCCACUAUGAGGAUUACCUCUCCGCGUCUUUUCCAUUUGGAUCAUACAAGCAAGUGUUUAUUGCUCCUGGAAUGACAGUAUCCUCAUGGAAUUUGGGAGCUUCUAUAGGUAUCUUCAGUUCUCAUCUGCUGUUCGAUGAGAAACUGAUCGAUCAGACUAUAGAGACAAGGAUUAAACUUGCUUAUGCCCUUGCGAGACAGUGGUUUGGAGUAUAUAUCACUCCUGAAGCUCCAAAUGAUGAGUGGUUGUUGGAUGGUCUUGCGGGGUUUCUGACUGAUUCUUUUAUCAAGCGGUUCCUGGGAAACAAUGAAGCACGCUAUAGACGAUACAAGGCUAACUGUGCUGUUUGCCAAGCAGAUGAUAGCGGUGCAACUGCAUUGAGCUCCACUCUGGCCUCUAAGGAUUUGUAUGGAACCCAAUCUAUUGGUUUUUAUGGAAAAAUAAGAUCAUGGAAAUCUGUUGCUGUCCUUCAAAUGUUAGAGAAACAGAUGGGUCCUGAGUCCUUCCGAAAAAUUUUACAAAAUAUUGUUUUGAGGGCACGAGACGGUAAUCGUUCUUUGAGAACUCUGAGCACCAAAGAGUUCCGACACUUUGCUAAUAAAAUUGGAAAUCUUGAGCGCCCAUUUCUUAAAGAGUUUUUCCCUCGCUGGGUUGGAUCUUGUGGUUGUCCAGUGCUAAAGAUGGGAUUCUCCUAUAACAAGAGGAAAAAUAUGGUAGAAUUAGCUGUUCUGCGGGGAUGUACAUCUAGGCCUGAUUCAUGGGUAGGUGUUGAUAAUAUCAAUCCUGAUUCUGAAAAUCGAGAAAACGGUAUUGGGUGGCCUGGAAUGAUGAGUAUAAGGGUCCACGAGCUCGAUGGCAUGUACGAUCAUCCAAUACUAUCAAUGGCCGGUGAACCAUGGCAACUGCUGGAAAUUCAGUGUCAUUCAAAACUUGCUGCGAAGCGCUUCCAGAAGCCUAAGAAGGGUGUGAAGGCUGAUGGUUCUGAUGACAAUGGUGAUGCUGUAGCCACAACAGAUGUGCGUUUAAAUUCUGAUUCUCCUCUACUGUGGCUCCGUGCGGAUCCAGAAAUGGAGUAUCUUGCUGAAGUUAAUUUUAACCAACCUGUGCAGAUGUGGAUAAAUCAGUUGGAAAAAGACAAGGAUGUCGUUGCACAGGCACAAGCUAUAGCAGUCUUGGAGGCACUGCCACAACUUUCAUUUUCUGUUGUUAAUGCUCUGAAUAAUUUUCUAAGUGACUCUAAGGCUUUCUGGAGAGUCCGUAUCCAGGCUGCAUAUGCAUUGGCUACUACCGCAUGUGAGGAAACUGAUUGGGCUGGUUUACUCCAUCUGAUCAACUUCUACAAAAGUCGGAGAUUUGAUCCAAACAUCGGGCUUCCCAGGCCAAACGACUUUCACGAUUUUCAGGAGUACUUUGUCCUUGAGGCAAUACCGCAUGCCAUAGCUAUGGUCAGAUCUUCAGACAAGAAAAGCCCUAGAGAAGCUGUUGAGUUUAUUUUGCAACUCUUGAAGUACAAUGAUAACAAUGGCAACACAUAUUCAGAUGUUUUCUGGCUAGCUGCAUUGGUCCAGUCUGUGGGUGAACUUGAAUUUGGACAGCAGAGUAUUAUCUACUUACCCUCCCUUCUAAAGCGACUCGAUCGUCUUUUGCAAUUCGACAGGUUGAUGCCAAGCCAUAAUGGGAUUUUGACGAUCAGCUGUAUCCAAUCACUGACUCAAAUGGCUCUGAAACUAUCAGAGUUCAUACCUCUUGAUAGCGUUAUUGAGCUUAUUGAACCAUAUCGGAUGUCAAAGAUGUGGCAAAUUCGAGUUGCUGCUAGCAGAGCCCUUCUCGAACUUGAAUUUCAGUGUAAAGGAACUGAUGCAGCACUGACAAUGUUCAUAAGAUACCUUAGUGAAGAGAGCUCUCUACGAGGACAAAGCAAGUUAGGUGUCUGUGCUUUGCGCCUAGCUCAGAUGACUAGUCGAUCUGAUUGUGACAAUGAUGUCAAGAGCGACACACUUGUCGCACUCUUGCGCUUGCUUGAGAGUCCUCUGGCUUUCAACAAUGUUAUUCUUCGUCACCACAUCUUCUGCAUUUUGCAAGUCCUUGCUGGAAGGGCUCCAACACUUUAUGGAGUUCCAAGAGAUGAGACUCUGAGAAUGGGACACACAAAGACUUGCAGUGAACUUAAAAACAUUUUUGCUGCUCUUAUCAAGCAAUCCAAGACUCCGGAGCCUUCUUCUUGUGCACCCGACUUUCCACAUAAUCUAUUGGCUCCAGAAGGUUAUAUGGAAGGGGAUGGUUUUCUUCAAAAUCAUGAAUCGACCAAGGCAGUAACAAUGCCUGCACCCGAUGCCUUACUGAUAUCGGCUGCUCAACAGGGAGCAGAUGCUCCUGAUGAUGGCCCUGAACAAAGGAACCUAGUGUCACAUCCCCCUGGAGAUGAUCCGACAACGAUACCUAAAGUGCAGAUGCCUGCUGAAGUUCAUGAGCCAAUUGAGCAGGUAACUAAUUUUCCGGGUGACACUUCCAUAGAUGCCGAGUACUCCAGAAAAGCGGACACUAUGUCUGACAUUCGUCAAGAAAAGCGACCAGUGAUUGACCUUAUACAUGAUAGUUUGGUCACUGGCGAAGCUCCCAAUGAACCUGAUACUGUUUCCAACAGUCGUGAACUAAAGAAGCCAAAGCUAAAAAUAAGGGUCAAACAGUCAGCUGCAUCUAGUCGGGCAGAAGAUCCUGAUAAAGCAUCUAGUCGGGCUGGUGAUCGUGAUAAUCCCCGAAUCUUGAAUGCCCAAGAUGGGCAUAAUGAUGUCGAUCGUGGGGCUAGCAGUUCAGUUUCUGUGGAUGCUCCCCAUAGAACUUUUGCUGAGACUAUCAGCACUGGUAAUCAGAACUUUGAAGAUGCCAAUUCAUGCCAAGAUGUUGGUUCUAGAGUAACUGCCAGUAUAGGCAGUGCUAAACCCACACUCGACGGUGAAGAGCUUGUGAAGGAAUUACAAUGUACUGCAGAUUCAAGUAAAAUUUCCUUACCACUGCCACCUGCUGACCGCUUACCAACCAGCACCAUGAAAAUCAAUAAUGAACCACAAUCCAGUGAACAGUAUUUAGCAUCUCGUGGCAUCAGGAGGCAUGACGUGGAAGGCAGUUCAGGGCCCACCGAUCCGCAAUUUUAUGGUAAAGAGAAGGAAAAGAAAAAAGACAAGGACAGGAAGCGAAAGAAGAAUGGCCACCACGAUGAUCCAGAGCACAAGGAAUUAAAGCGGCAAAAGAAGGAAAAGAAGCGAAAAGAGAAAGAAAUGGCAAAACUCCUUGCCGAUAAACCAAAUACUGUGCCACCGUCACUGGAAUUGCCAAGUCAGGAGAGGAGAAUAGGAGCUGCCAAUAAUUUGGAUGCCAAGCCAACUGUAGUCGAGUCCGGGAGUAAACAAGUAUCCGGAACUAGACAAGAUAUGGUUCGUGGGGAAGGAGCAACGUCUUCUUCAAAGGAAUUGCACAAGUUACAUAGUACUUCCGGAAUUAACGUUGGCAGUGUGCAACCGAAACCAGCUGAACCAGUGGAGGCCAAUGUAGUUGUGAACAGAACUGAUGGCAGUGUAAAUGUACCCCAAAGUGCUACGUCACAUAAAAUCAAGAUCAAGUUUAAGAAUCGAACGCUUGGUAAAAAAUAACCACCAUACAAGCUGCAGAUUUUUGUUUGUAAUACAUUGUAUUUGGUAUUAAUGGCUUGAUGCUCUAUUGAUUGAGACAUUUUUCUUGUAGCUGUGGUUAGUUAAGAUGCCAUUUUGUUUGGCACUGUAUUUAUUGCGAGUUCGAUAAAAGCUGUGUUGGGGUUAUUGUUGAAACCCUAUUCGUUCAUUUUA